GAACAAGCAAGUACACCGUUUCCAACAACCACCUAAGCUGACGUUUCAAUUUUUAUAUCCAUUAACGGUUGAAUUCAUAGAGAAACCAUUAAAAAUCCAUUGAAAAGUCAUGAACCCAACGAAAAAGACCACAAAGAAUCAAUGAUAAACUGUCUAGGAAGUAAAAACAUACCAAGUUUAAAAAUAGAAAGGACGAAUACGUUUUCCAGCACAGAAAAGUGGAUUCACCCUCAAAGAAACAACUUGGAUCCUAAUUUGGGGUUUGUAAAGGAAAGGUUGAUAAUCCUUAACCAACUUAUUAUAAUGACGGGAGUAACGACAAGACCGGCGAUAUGUAUACACACGCACGCGAAUGAGGUAGCAGGAAACAAUAUGCAGGUAACACUUAGUACUCUCACGAAGGACGAUCCAACAGGGUUUCACUAUCCCAAGAUGAUGCAAGCAAUGAACCCGAUGCAAUGGGUUAUAGGUAAAAGAAAAGCUAGUAGUAUAACGGGGCGAAGGAAACAAGCCGCAAGGUACCAAAAUAAAGACAAGGUGAAAUACAAGUGAAAAGAAGAAGAACUUGCAAGUCAAUAUUUGCUCUUAAAAGUUUUGAAAAACGGGUUUCAGCUAUCAUUCUGUUUCACUUCCAAAUAGGGUUCAACAUGGACAAAUCAUCGAUUACCGAUCCAAUGAAAUAAGACGCAUAAAAAAGACUGAAACUGAAUGGAUGUCUCGAGUAAACGCAGACGCAACUGACUCAUUUUAGUGGCUCCUCCACAAAAACAUACUGACCACGUUAUAUUCUUUUAACGAGAAUUUCCCUUCCUUUUGAAAACAAUGGACGGUAGUGUUGUGAGAGAAAUCGGCAUAAGCAUUGUAAAGAAAAAAAUCUAUUCGUCUAGGUAUGGUGAAGGAAUUGAGAAAGCCGAUAUUGGAAAAGUCCCAGAACUAGCUAAUUGGGUGAAAAUUUAAGGAAAGAAUAGCCAAAGUCUUGACUGAUGUUUCAACGAAUGUUAGUACAAUUCUAAUCAAGAACGAGGAUCACCCGUUUACAUGGAUGUUUAAAUGAGCUAUCGUACUCGGUCACCUCCGGUCGCUCGUCAAGUAUGGCAUGGUAUGGUAUGGUUAUGGUAAGAAGAGGAUCAAAGACAGGAAAUGAUAAAGGGUCGAUCGUUGAGUGAUUUUAUUAUCUCUAUAUAAACGGUACUAUAAAAGUUUUCUAGUCUAGAUGUAAUUUUCAUUUCAUAUAUCUCUUGGGCUGGAGGAGACCUUGAACAUAGUGCUGCAUACAUUGUUGCUUCUUCUUGCACUAGCUAACAAACACCCAAGGAAACAAAAGAGCCUUUUCCUUAGCUUGACGCUCUUUGUACUGAAUUGAUGGGAAAUCGUACCUUGUGGGGGUCAUUCGAUUUAGUCCAAGAAGGAAAAAAAGCUAGGACAUCCCCCCACUUUGCCUACGAUUGACUAGUUGGUAACCGAGAACAUAAGUGGGAUGUUGCAGAGCCUGAGUAGUAGUAGUAGUGGUAGUAAUUAUUUUUUUCUUUAUAAUUAUA